GUAUACAAACGGGACGCUUUCGUUGCUCUCGUCGGUCGCACGGCGUAUUUUUCUGGCGGUGUCUGUCUGUGCUUAAGACGUAUACCAAUGUAGUUAAUGUGACUGGAGAUCUUAGUGCAUAAGGUUGGCAAGGAUGCCUCAUAAAAGGUCGCCAGAUAUCAAUGACAGCUGCGAUAUCGUGAAUUCGAGUUUCUCAGACCGUGCGAGUCGCUACGUCCCACUUGCCGGACUACUGGUGGUAGUUCUGCUCAUAUUCGUCCACGCUGUCGUCUAUUUCAGUAAAGAAAAUGGUCUUCGAGCUCACAACAUCUACUCAUACUUGGAAGAGCUGGUAAAUUCAAUUGCAUCUGCAGAUCAAUUUUGGAGAGCUACUUUAUAUGGAAUUGGAAUACUUGUCGCAACAUUUAUGAUGGUUCUCUACAACAGUAGAAUCCCUGGCAUUGAGCCACCACUGCCAUGGGACAGGCUGAGCUCACCAGCAUGGCUCCCGGUGGUCCUGCGGACAAAAAGAAUAAUGUCCUUCCGUUAUGGGGCAACGACAAAACGAUGAACCUGAAUAACUUGAUACUCACAAACAUACUGUCGUCACCGUACUUCAAAGUAAACCUCUACAAGUUAAAGACAUACCACGAAGUUGUGGAUGAAAUUUAUUACAACGUGCAGCACUUAGAGCCAUGGGAAAAAGGAAGCCGAAAGACAUCUGGCCAGACUGGCAUGUGUGGAGGGAGAUCAUCAGUACAUGUACGGGGAGUUGGAGCAGGGGGGAUUGUCUCCACUGCAUUCUGCAUCCUCUACAAGCUCUUCACACUUAAGUUAACUCGCAAGCAGCUGGUUGGUCUCUUGAACCACUGCGAUUCCCCUUACAUCCGUGCACUGGGGUUCAUGUACAUCAGGUUCACACAGCCACCUGCCGACCUUAUUGAUUGGUAUGAACCGUACCUUGAUGAUGAUGAGCCAGCUCCUGGCCAUGCUGGGUGCCUGAUUGUGUCAUCACUGUCAACACAAACAUCGGCUGCAAUUCGUCUUUCACAUGAAAUUAUGGAACUGGAUGUGAAAGCAGGCGGUGGCCAGACACUGCGCAUCGGCGACAUGCUGCGCCAUAUGCUCACCAAGCUGGAGUGGUUUGCCACCUUAUUCCCUCGAAUUCCUGUGCCUAUCCAGAAAGAGAUUGAGCGCAGGCUUUCCUUGCGCCCUCCUGCAUUGGCCCCAGCAACUCAAGCUCCAAGCGCUGAGCCAGCAGCCACCAUAACAGAAACAGCUGCUGCGAGUGAGCGGGCACUGUCACCGGAACCAAGACGCAGGAGGAGUCCCCAUGCACGUGAGUCCCCCAGCGGCCGUGAAGUACCAGGAGAUUCUAGCUGGGACAGAGAGCGACCGAGGAUACGCCGUAGCAGAAGCAGAGAACGCCAUUGGGAGAGACAUCAUAGGAGCCGAAGCCCACGGGAUGCGCGGCCACACCACAGUCAUGACAAGCAACGUGAUGAGAGAGGACGUGAAGAAUGGCCACGUGAGGAAAGGGCUCGUGAUGAAAGGUCCAGGGAUGAAAGGUCUCGUGAGGACAAAAUACGUGAGGACAGGUCCCGCGAGGAUAGACCACGUGAUGACAAGUCACGCGAGGAAAGAUCACGAGAUGAUGGCUCACGCAAUGACAGGUCACGUGAAGACAGGGCUCGAGAUGAUCGGCUGCGAGAUGAAAAAUCUCGGGAAUUGGAUCGCCGUAAAGAGAGCACAAGUCAUCGUCACCGAUCCAGCCCUGAACGCAGCAGGCAUAAUGACCGCUCUCGAGAACAUACCUCACACGAUCACCGAACAUCAUCACGGAAAGAACGUUCCUACUCACCCAUGACUAAGAAUCACCACCGAUAAAUAUCUGUUUUUCUCUUUGCCCUCACUUUUCUUUCUUCACUGUGGCACUUUGGCUACAUGGAGGUCUUUGGCUCUUGCAUACUUCAAUUUUAUUAUAUACUUUCAUAAGCAACAUAACUAUUGCAAAUACAGUCGCCGACCGUUUAUUUGGACCUCACGGGGACCACGAAAAUGUCUGAAUAAAUGGGUGUCCGAAAAAACAGAUUAAAACAGAUUCAGAAAAAAAAAAAAGAAAUUCUUUAUUUCCGCACACUUAUUCAGGCUCGGCAGUAGGCUUGAAGAAAUCGUGAAUGCACUGUUGUACGCUGUUCCGUUUACGUGCAGUCAGGUCAGCCUGAAUCUCUGAGAGGGUCGUGCAGUCACUAUAGGUGGCUGAAAGCACAGUCGCUGCUUGUACAAGCUCCGCGUGCAACUGCAGCGGCACAUGGUGCGUCAUCUUCCGACUCGGAGUCAUCGUCUGGCGGGGCAGCAGAAACCUGACGAAUGAUCUCAUCGUCGUCAAGUUCUGCACAUGUCAGUACAGCACUGUCAGCAUCUGUGGAACUGUAAAAUGAGACUUUGUCCAGAAUCACAAUGCCACUACUGUGCAGGCGUCUCUGCGACCAUCUCUGCCUCCUGCUUCAGAAGGUCUCCAGACACAGGAAUCCGCUUGGCGACCAUGGCACACAACCACAUGUGGAGGGCUUCUUCGAGCUUCGGGUGGCUGUCGUUUCUAAAAUUUUUCCUUUCCAAGCUGGAGGAAGACAUUUAGUUGCUUCGCCAAGAAUCUUCGUCUUGUUUCGCAUGUAAUCCGAAACCGUCUGCUUCGAAAUAUUAAAUUCUCGGGCAACUCCACUUUGAGACCGGCCGCUUUGGACUUGCUGCACAAGGGCGAUCUUUUCCGCCAUUGUCAUUGUGGUAUAUUAGUACCAUGCUUGUCGGCAUUCCCCAGCGCAGUCUGCGUGGGCACUGUCGGCACCAUUAGACACUUGACGAGUUGGAUCACCGCAACCUCGACACAGCACACAAAGCAAACCUCACCGCACCGUCACGCCGACACCAGGCGCACAAACUAAAAACGUGGCUUACUCGCAGCGUCGUGCACGAAGAAACAAACAAAUCAGCUGCUGGAUUGCCUUGACAUGGCUUACUAAGCUGAGACCGGAACUACUGUAGCCACUCUACCGAACCAAGCAGAAACGAUGAUGAGCAGGGAUUUGCAGUUGGGCCACCUCGUGGGGCAGCAAGGAGGCUCAGUUAAAAAAAAUGUCGUUCAACAAGUUGAACAAUGCACCAUUCAGAGCCGGUGGGGGCAAGUGCCAUAGAUCGAGUUGGCUCAAGGAGUGUCAAAAAAAUCAAACGAGAGGUUGCAAGGUGUCCGAACUUUCGGCAGUUGUUGUACAUUAUGGUCUGUGGGGAGAAUGGCAGUGCCACAAAGCAGUCCGAAUAAUCGAGUAUGUCGGAAUUUUGGGAGUCCGAAAAAUUGGUCGGCGACUGUAUGUUGUAAAGGUUUAAGCUAACCCAGUCGAACUUAUUGUUUUAUGUGACAUGUCAUGGAAGUGAACAAAGAUAGGGGAAUGUUUGUAACUGUGUGAACUUGUGCGGGGACAUGCAACUUCAGCAUCCACCAAGAAAUAUGAUCUACUUUGCCAUCAUAAUGCACAGAUUUUUUUCCAUACACUGUAAGGCUGAUAAAUACUUGUGAGACCAUGCAACUGCUUGUGCUCUUCACAAGAAGAUUUCAGCCAUAUAUUUUUGCCUCGUGAUAAAUUGUCAAGCAUGUUCAUCACAACUAUGGAUGCUCAUAAACAGUAUGUACAGUUUGGUGGAUGUAAUAUUGUAUGUAUGGCAGGUUGUUGUAAGUAGUAAAUGUGUAAAAAUAAUCAAUUCUGCUAGACAUCACAUCUCAUUUUACUUGUGGCAGUUUCAUUGAAAUCACCAGAUGUAUAGAAGUCACAUCCAUUUAUGCUAGAGUUUUGUACCCCUGAUAUUUGUUCUGCUUUUCAGUGGCUAGAUCCAAAAUUUUUUUCUAUGAAUGAUAAGACUUAUGGUUUCCUUUCUCCUAAAUUUAUUUUUAGAUUUGUUACAUCUGUUUUUUGAGGAAGAGGCCACAGACCUGGCUAUGUUUGCAUACAUGAUGAUCAUUGACAUAAAAAAAAGUAUUUCCUGGUG